CGCUCAUAUAUAUAUCGAAGCUGAGACCCAACAUGCAUCAUUCGCAUUCAGGACCUCAGUGCCUUCAGUGCAACCAACAAACGCAGCAUCAUGAAGCUCAUGCUCGUGGCCGCCAGUCUGGUGGCUGUUUUGGCUUUCGCUCAUGCCGAAGAGGCCAAGACAGCAGAAAAAGAAGUGGCAGUAACCGACAAUAAGGCGGCAGCCGAUGACAAGAAACAUGAAAAACGUGGUCUCAUUGGUCUCGGAUAUGGACAUGGUGGAUUUGACGGUGGCUUCAGCGGAGGAUACAGCGGUGGUUACAGCGGUGGAUACGGUGGAAGCUACGGAGGUGGCUACGGCGGUGGCUACGGAGGUGGCUUGGGCGGUUAUGGUGGUCACGAAGAAACCCACAAGACCAUCACAGUAGUAAAGAACGUCCCAGUUCCCUACCCCGUUGAGAAACAUAUCCCAUACCCCGUUGAAAAACACGUCCCUGUACCCGUAAAGGUUCCCGUACCACAGCCCUACCCGGUGGUCAAACACGUCCCUUACACCGUUAAGGAGCUCGUCAAAGUACCAGUACACGUACCACAACCUUACCCCGUUGAAAAGAAAGUCCCAUACCCCGUACAUGUGCCCGUUGACAGACCCGUUCCAGUUAAGGUGUACGUGCCCCAUCCUUACCCAGUAGAAAAGGAAGUACCCGUUCCCGUUAAAGUUCCAGUGCCAGCACCUUACCCAGUUGAAAAGAAGGUUCCAUACCCAGUGAAGGUACCUGUCCACGUACCAGCUCCUUACCCAGUCUACAAGGAAGUCGCUGUACCAGUUAAGGUCCCCGUCGACAGGCCUUACCCCGUCCACAUUCCCAAGCCCGUGCCUUACCCAGUUGAGAAGCCAGUACCCUACCCCGUAGAAAAGCCCGUGCCUUACCCCGUCAAGGUACCAGUCGAUCGCCCCGUGCCCGUCCACGUUGAAAAACCAGUGCCUUACCCCGUCAAAGUGCAUGUGCCAGCGCCUUACCCCGUUGAAAAGCAUAUUCCCUACCCAGUAGAGAAGCACGUCCCAGUGCCCGUCAAGGUGCUCGUGGACAGGCCCUACCCAGUCCACAUCGAGAAGCAUGUUCCAUACCACGUUGAGAAACCCGUGCCUUACCCCGUUAAGGUGCCCGUUGUCGUCGGCCAUGGUCACGAGUAUGGUCAUCAUGGAAGCUAUUAAUGGCUGCAGGAAGGAGAGGCUCUAUUGUGAUAUAUAAUAUAAGAUUAGCACAAAGUAAUGGUUAAGCCAGUGAGUCAAAUAUCAGAGUGGAUAUUGGUACCCACUAGAUCUCUGGAUAAUACUCUGAGGCUCAACUGUUUUGCACUGAUACGAAUUGCUUAUAUUAUUUUUUGUUA